AUGAUCGGAAUGCACGCGGUCGGCACGACCGUGCGACCCUGCGCGAUGCGGGCGCAGCGCAGGGGCCGCCCCGCGGCGCGGAGGGCGCGCAAGGCGAAGACGAAUGCCCAGGGUCGGGGCCCGGCGCCCAAGGUCGCCAGCGCGGCCGCGCGCACGGACGAGGUGAAAAACGUCAAGGUCGACACCAAGUUUGUCGCCGAGACGCUGCUGCCCACGCGCACGGGGAAGUUCCGCGUCAGGGCCUACAGGCACACGGUGGACGGCACCACCUUCUCCGAGCCCAUGGCGAUCUGCUACGGCAUGCCGGAGGACGGCGAGGACAUUCCUGUGCGCGUACACGAUGCGUGCUUCACCUCGGAGGUCCUCGGGUCCCUCAAAUGCGACUGCGCAGAGCAGCUCCAGUACGCGCUGGACUUCGUACAGAGCAAGGGGUGCGGCAUUGUGAUUUACCUUCAGCAAGAGGGGCGAGGGAUCGGGCUUGCCAACAAGAUCGCGGCGUACAGGCUCCAGGAGACGGGCCUCGACACCGUGGACGCGAACCGCGCCCUCGGCCUCCCGGACGACUGCCGAGAGUAUACCUCAGUGCGCAACAUCCUGGCGGACAUGGGCAUCAAGUCGAUUCAGCUGAUGACGAACAACCCUCGGAAGAUCCGGCUACUCAAGGAGCUCGGCGUGGACGUCAGCGGGCGCAUCCCGGUGCAGAUUGAGGCGAACGAGGUGAACGCGGGGUACCUGACGUCGAAGAAGAUCCGCAUGGACCACCUCCUGGUCGACGAGAAGCAGAAGGGGAAGCCCGGCGCGGCAGCCACCCCGCGCUCGGUGAUCCUCGACAACAGCGUCGACGAGAGCUACUGGGAGAAGGAGGGCAUCUGGGACUCGUCCGACAACGACAACUGA